GACUCAAAGAUAAUCAUCAUCAGAAAAACUGCAGUGCUCUCAGAAACUGAGCUGCUCUCUGGUUUCAUUUAGCUUAUAGCCAAUUUGAAUUAACAUUUGAAAUGUUACAGAAAUGCUUUUAUAUGGUUUGGCUUCUGUUAUUAUUUGGGUUGAGCAGCAGCGGAGAGCUGAAGGACCGUCAUCCAGAGCUUUCUGAUCAGGAGCUUUUCUGGGGAGCCGAUCAAUAUGACUUUUCCAUCAUGCUGCGUGCUGGAGACCUCCAGUGCUACUGGCACUUUGCUCACUUCGGCGAGCGCUUCUACUUAAACUUCAUGGUGCAGUUGGUGACUGGUGUGGCUCUGGACAGACAUCUCUCUGUGACCGUUAAUGCUCCGAGCGGUUUAAUAGUCGGCACAGUUGACGAUGCAAGUGGUCAGAUUGCUUUUAGUGUUAAGGAGACUGGUUUUUAUCAGAUGUGCUUCAGUAAUUUCCACAAUCGCUUUGGGAGCAUGCAGGUUUUCUUGAACUUCGGUGUGUAUUACGAGGGACAAAAGGACAUUGAGAAACAAAGGGAAGAAGAGAAGAAAAAGAAAGAAGAGGAUAUGAAACAGAUAAAUAGUACAUUGUCCUUCAUUGAGGAAAGCAGCAGCAGGCUGCAGAGGUUUGUCUUCCACAUGUGGCGUCAUUAUAACUACGAGCGAAUGAGACGUGGUGCUGAUUUCUACCUGCUUCAGUCCAACUCCACUUAUGUGAACAGCUGGUCUGCUAUCCAGAGUCUGGUCAUCAUCACAGCUGGAUACCUGCAGCUCUACUGCCUCAAGAGACUCUUCAACACCAAACCAGCAGAGGGAGACAAACCCCGCUGUUAAACAUCAGCACAAAACCAGCAGAGGGAGACAAACCCCGCUGUUAAACAUCAACAUCAGACCUGUUUCUUCAUAAUACAGCCAUAAAGGGGUCUUUUGAACACUUUUAUGAACCAAGAAUGAAUUUAAACUAAAAGCUUAUUUUUUUCAGUUUAUGUUCCUGUGGCUCAGUGGUAGAGCAUUGCGUUAGCAGCGCAAGGUUGUGGGUUCGAUUCCCAGGGAACACGUUAGGUAAAAAAUGUUAACCUGACUGCAAUGUAAGUCACUUCAGAUAAAAGCGUCUGCUAAAUGCAUAAAAUUUUAAAUUGAAAUAAAUGUAAUUGUUUAUUUUAAUAUCAUAUUAAAACUCAUAUUUUUUUUUCUUGCUUUUCAAA